AUGGCAGCCGCACAAGUUAUUUCGAACUCCGGCCAUGAGGACAUGAUUCACGAUGCUGGCUUGGACUACUAUGGCCGUAGGUUGGCAACCUGCUCGUCGGAUAAAACCAUUAAGAUCUUCGAGAUUGAGGGGGAAUCACACCGCUUGGUGGAGACCCUGAAAGGCCACGAGGGGGCGGUGUGGUGUGUCGCAUGGGCGCAUCCCAAGUUCGGCACAAUUCUGGCCUCCUCUUCGUACGAUGGCAAGGUUCUGAUCUGGCGCGAACAACCCCAGAACGCGACCUCUCCUGCCGGCGGCAGCACAUGGACCAAGGUCUUUGAUUUCUCUCUCCAUACCGCUUCCGUUAACAUGGUAUCUUGGGCUCCUCACGAGUCUGGAUGUCUGCUUGCUUGUGCUUCUUCCGAUGGCCAUGUCAGUGUUCUCGAGUUCCGCGACAACAACUGGACCCAUCAGACCUUCCACGCGCACGGCAUGGGUGUAAACUCGAUCAGCUGGGCUCCGGCUGCUUUCGCCGGUAGCUUGAUUAGCUCCAACCCCGGACCUGGUCAGCAGAGACGCUUUGUGACUGGCGGCAGCGACAACCUGAUCAAGAUCUGGGACUACAAUGCCGAUUCGAAGACCUACAACCUCACUCAGACCCUGGAGGGCCAUUCGGACUGGGUCCGUGACGUGGCUUGGUCACCGAGCAUUCUGUCCAAGUCGUACAUUGCCUCGGCUUCGCAGGAUAAGACCGUUCGCAUCUGGACCUCCGAUGCUUCUAACCCGGGCCAGUGGUCCAGCCAAACACUCGAGUUUGACACUGUUCUCUGGCGUGUCAGCUGGAGCCUCAGCGGCAAUAUUCUCGCUGUCAGCGGUGGUGACAACAAGGUCAGCUUGUGGAAGGAGAACCUCAAGGGCCAGUGGGAGAAGGUUAAGGACAUCGAAGAAUAG